UCCAUACAAGACUCCUUAUAACACAAGUUCUCAUUCAUUAAAUGAAACCACGGGAAUAGUAUGAACACAAUCCGACCUGUGAACCUCGGGAUCAGAUUAUCACGCUACUACUGCAACUACUACUCUUUGCUUCCUCGACAACGUCACAAUUAUAUUAUCCCAUCAUCCUCUAUUCGGUUCUCCAGCUCCGUAGGGAAAUCGCUGUACACAGCUAUAGAUACAGAUACAGAUACGGAUACGGAUAUAGAUAUGGAGGUCACGGAAUUUGCGACGCCUGCACGGUGCUAUGCCGACUUUUGCUUGAUUCCUGUCGGCACAGGCAACGUCUCGGUAGCAGAGGAGGUCGCCGCCGUGCAGAAGCUCCUCCAGGUCAGCGGGCUGACGUACACGAUGCACUCGGCGGGGACCACGGUCGAGGGGUCCUGGGACGACGUGAUGCGAGUCAUCGGACAAGCCCACAGCCUCGUGCAUGCCAAGGGCGUCCUUAGAGUGCAGUCGUCGAUGCGGGUUGGGACGAGAACAGACAAGGCGCAAACAGCACAAGACAAAGUCAAGCGCGUGGAGGACAUCCUUGCUGCCGAAGCAGAAUAAAAGACAGCUACCGCCACUACUACUGGCCUUGGCUCUGGGUCUGAAGGAGGAGGAGGAAGUAUGGUUGUAGUAGAACCGGGGUUUAAGAGGUAGGUAGGUAAGGUAGGUAGGUAGGUAGGCGUGGUUUGAAAAUAUUGGUAUUGAUUACAUUAGGUAUCAUGGUUUGGUACAUGGUGAAGGUAAGGAAGGGUGAGAGGAUAUACGCAAUAUGUAGGUAGGGAGGUAUACUAUGACAUCCAUGUUUGACCUAAGCCAAGUGAAGGUCAUAUCUACCUACGUGUAUCUCUACCUACCUACUUACUAUGUUGGGUUUACAACAAACAGUUCAUCCACUCACUCACUCACUCACUCAAUCACUCCCAU